AUGUUCUAAGAACCAAUCUUUACUAGCGAAAUAGAAGGAGAUAUCAACUUUUUUGGAGACAUAAACCAAGAAUAUGAUAACUAUAAUUUUGAUAACAAUAAUAGUAACUAUUAUGAUAAUUAUUUAGAUGUCUAACACUUAACAUCCAACAAUAAUGCUUCUGAUGAAGUAAAUCAACAGAAUUCAUCCUUAUUACCCUAAGAAUAACCUCAAAGUUAUGAAUACCAAUAAUAAUUGGGUCAAUAGAAUACAAACAAUUAAUUAUCUUCAACAAAUCUUCCAAAAUAAAAAACUUUUAAUGAGAAUACCAAAAACUGUCCUAGAGACUACUUAAGAUAAUUUAUCUUAAGAAAAAAUACUCAUAAAUUGACCAAAUACUUUAAUAACAAUAGAAUUACAUAACAACAAUACUUAUCAUUUUGUAAUAAAUUCUUUAAAAGUAACAAUGUCACUAUGAAAGCAAUAAAAUAAGCAUUACAAAAAGACGAUAAUGGUAACUACUCUUAAGAAUAAUAUUGCUUUUAGCAAAUCAUAGUACAUGAAUUACCAAUAAUAAUUCUUAAAAAUAAUCUAAAUAGAAAUGAAGAGCAAGUAGCCCUAGAUUAAUGGACUUGGGUUACCCACUUUUUGAUUAACUACAUCUACUAAUGA